AUGGUUUUGUGGGUAUUCGGAUAUGGAUCUUUAAUAUGGAACUCGUGUUUCGAUUUUGACGAGAAACUCAUUGGCUAUAUUAAAACUACAAACGCGUCUUCGAUCUUGCUUGUAUUGAUCAUUGAGGAACGCCUGAACAUCCUGCAAGAACUUGCACGUUGGAGCAAUCCACUGGAGCUAUAUUGGGGUGCUGCUUAUUGUGUCCGUGGAGGACCUGAGAAGGAGAAGCUAGCCAUGGAGUAUUUGGAACGAAUUCAAGAGAGUACUGACACCUUCGAACCAAUCUUGACCGGAGUUAUAGUGUAUGUUUGUAACCUCUCCUCUGGUCUCUUAUUUUUCAAGAUUCAAAGUUACAGUCAGUUUUGUGGGUCUCUCUCUUGUGUAGCUUUACGUCAACUCAAGAAAAAAGUGUCGAACAAAUACUACUUAGGCCCUGCUCCAUUGGAAGAGAUAGCGAUGCAAAUAGCCACAGGUUCGGGACCUUGUAGGAACAACCGAGAGUACCUUUUCAAGCUUGAGAGAGCAAUGCACGACAUUGAGCAUGAGGAAACAGCUAAACUUAUCAAAAGAAGUGAAGGCAUUGUUGAAGCCUGUGGUUACUCGUGUGCCCAUCAAAUCUCAGUCUCAAGCUCAUGUAUCCACUCUUCAACGGCUCCUUGCAUCAUGAGAGAUGACAAGCAAAGCAAGCAAUGUCAUGGAGCCAACUAA